UUUAUUUUGUUGAGAGACGUGAGAGAAGGAAACAAAGAAAAGGGUAAAAAGAAAAAGAAGGGAACCCUAAUUAUUAGGGCAACAAAACAUCUUUCUUCUAGAACCUCAACCACAACCACCGCCUCCUUCGUUUUCCUUUUCUAAAUCUGAAACCCUAAAAUUAUAGAAAUCCUAUCCCCUCUACAACCAUCAAAAUCUGUAUCUGUUUUUUCAAAAUAAGUUUUGUAUCAUAAGCUAUUUUGUGUAUAAGAUUUUAACGAUUUUUUUCCGGUCACCGGCAGAUCUAGAUCCGAACCACAGUUUUUUUCUUCUUCUGUGAUUUCUGAGUUGUUUUUUUUAAAGCUUGAUUUUCUUCAUCAUCAUGGUUGUUAAUGGAAGACCUAUUAAAAGGAUGAAGAGAAGAGUUACUGCAGAUCUAAAAGAUUUCUUGACUUUUCCGUCAGCUUCCGAUGAGUUUUCCGGUGACUUCGACGGUCCAUUCCGAUCUAAUAUCCUUUCGUUUUUAAAAAACUAUGCUCAAAUUUCUCCACCAGUUUGUCUAUUCCCACACUUACUGGUUUGGCAGAUUACCUUUCGAAUCGGUAACUUGAAAGAAGAUCCAGAUUCAAUACCUGCUGUUGUAACCUUAGAUGUUGUUGAAGAAGAUGUUCCUAAAUCCAGAUCUGUCUAUUGCGAUAAUUGCAAAGUUGUUGGUUGGAGUGGACAUCCAGUAUGUGCAAAGCGCUACCAUUUCAUAAUUAGGUCAGGACUAUACAGUUCAACCGAUGGGUACAGUAAACCAUGUGCCAGCUGUGGUGAUAUACUGCAACUUCCCGAUUCUAGGUGCAAGUCAUGUAAUUAUGUGAUGACUAAAGAUGAACUGGAAGACUGGGUUUAUCUUCAGUUGGGAACAACAACGCAUCUCUUGCAUGGUGUUGUGCAUUCAAAUGGUUUUGGUCACCUUCUUAGAGUUAAUGGUAAGGAAGGAGGAUCAAAGCUACUCUCUGGAUGUGAUAUAAUGAAUUUCUGGGACCGAUUAUGUACAACACUCAGAGUCAGGAAGAUCAGUGUAAUGGAUGUCUCAAGAAAGUACGGUUUGGAGUAUCGUCUGCUUCAUGCUAUUACCAAUGGGCAUCCUUGGUAUGGUGGAUGGGGUUAUGAGUUUGGUGCUGGAAGCUUUGCACUCACAGCUGAUACUUAUAAAAAAUCAGUAGAGAACCUGUCCAAGAUACCCCUUUCCCUAUAUUACUCCGAAUCGCGCAAGCCUAGAACCCGACUGCAUAGUGUCGUAUCUUUUUACCAAUCAUUGUCAGAGACUCAACUGUUAACUCUGAGCGACUUGUUUUGCUUUUUGUUGAGGCUGAUCCGAAAUGCUGACCAGCAGUCACCAGCCGAUACUGACAAGAAACCUAGGAAUUCUUCCUCAUGGACCAAAGAGGACAGUGAGCAUGUCGAACAGGCCAUGAUCAAGGUUCUUCGAGCUGUUGGUGGGGACAGAUGGGUUUCCUGGCGCUCUCUUAAAGGUGCUUUGCACAGAAUAGCAUCAUCAGAGCUUCUUGAUUAUUGCCUAAAGGAUUUGGGAGGAAAAUUGGUUCAAGAAGGCAUGGUUUAUUCUCGUUGCAACCCUGAUACUGAUGCUUUGGAAUAUAGGCUCAACACAAGUCAGGAUAUUUCUGAGGACAUGAGAAGUGAAAUUGCAAAAAGCCCAACAAAAGACCAUCUUUUACGUGACUUGAAAUUUCUUUACGCCUCCCUGUUAGACCCCAAAACAACGGUAUGUGACAGACCCACAAGAACAAGUGAAAUUGCAAAAAGCUCAGCAGCAAAGCUCCUCGAUUGCAAACAGUUUGUGAAAGAUCACAAACCUGAGAAGAUCGACGUGGUGAAUCCUUUUGCUGUCCGUGUUUUAUGUGAGGUGGAGCUUAUUGACCACCCCAAAGACCACGCAGCUCCACCACCUGAAUUGAUCCUUUUGGCCUCAAAUGCAACAUUAGCAGAUAUCAAGACCGAGGCCGCAAAAGCUUUCCAGGAAGUGUAUCUUAUGUUUCAGAGGUUCAAAGUUGAGGAAGUUAUUAGCCCAGUUACAGUUACUGAUCCAUUUAAAAAUGAGUCAAGUUCCCUGAUACGAGUACAAGGGAGGUGCCAUGGAAACCUUGUCCAUCUCUUUGGGACGGAGAGAGGACUUGAUGAAUGGACUGUGAGUUGUGUGUGUGGAGCCACUGAUGAUGAUGGUGAGGGAAUGCUUGCAUGUGAUGGGUGUGAAGUAUGGCAGCAUACAAGAUGUGCUGGUAUCCAUGACUCUGAUGCCGUCCCAGAUCAAUUUAUCUGUGGUAGAUGCGCUAACCUUCUAAACUCUUCUCUUCCCACAAGUGGCAUUUACAGCUGCAAGGAUGAAAUUGUCUCCGAUGAUAAGUCCAGUAGAAGAGAUGGAAAAAACCUAACAGCUGGUGUUCGAUGAAGUUUCAUUCUCCUAACUGUACAGUGCAAAAGGAAAAAAGAGAUGAUCUUCAAGUUUGAAUGUACAGGAUGACCUAAUGUGAUUCUCAAUUCAUCCUCUCGUCUCUUUUUCAUUCUACAAUGGCUUUUUUAUGGCUUUCUGAAAGAAAGAGGAAUCGAAGAUUUGAUUAAUUGUCUUUUGCGUUGUUAUCUAGCUUGUCUAGUUUCUUCUAUAUUGCUGAAUCCUGAAAAUUGUGAAUGCAAGUCCUAAUCAUAUAAUUGACAAAAUAAAUAAAAGGAAUUGAUGGCUGAAGGAA